CAGCGCGACCGGUGGUCUCCUAGCAACGCCGACUCUCUUCAACCGGGGCCAGCCAUCGAGUGUGAGUGGCCGAGACAUCGCGGCUCACAACAUGGACCAGCCGGGGGCUGAGGACGGGGAGCGAAUGGGCGAUGUAGAGACGGAGCCCAGUGGCACUGGCGAGUGGUCAGCCGGCGCGUCAGCGGGGAGCCGCUCACAUCCUCGCUCCCACGCCAGCUCGGAGCAGAGCAGCCAAGACCGGCGCCCAGCCAGCGCCGCCGCUGCCCGCACCUCCACCUCCACUCUAGGCGGACCGGAGGGAGUUACGGAGGUCGGAGGUCACGUUGACAGCGAUGACAGCGAUGACGAGGACCAGGAGGACGCGUGGCGGAACGCAGCGACCUCCUCCGCCAUCGCCGCCGCUGUCGCCACCGCCACCGCCGAUGACGAUGAUGAUGAUGACAAUUAUGAAGAACAGGGAGGAUGGGAGAAGCCCGGGGAUCCGUCGGGGGGAGGAGAAAGAGAGGAGGGAGGAGAGGGGGACAGACGUGGGGACGAAGGCUCGGAGCGAGGAGGGAGUGAUGCGGAGGACGACCUUGUUGUGCUCGACCCGGAUCACCCGCUCAUGAAACGCUUCCAAGUGGCGCUGAAGAAGCACCUCGUGAAGCAACUGGAACGCGCCGACCUCGAGGCCAAGGAGCUGCGCGAGGUCCUGCGCAAGCGGCGCUCGGAGCGGGAGGAGGUGGGCGUCACGCUGUACGGGGCGCAGCAGGAGCUGGCGCGCCAGCAGCAGCGCCUGGAGACGCAGCAGGAGCAGCGGUCGAGCCUGGCCGCCCGGCGCCGUCGCGAGGAGGAGGAGCUGGAGGCGACGCGCGGCCUGCACAAGGCUCAGCUCGACGCGGUCAACCAACAGCGCAAGCAGGUGGCGAGCGUGCAGGCGGAGGUGGAGCGCGUGGCGCUGGCCGUGCUGUACGCGCAGGAGGCCGAGCGCGACGUCUCCGGGGACGUGGCCGUGCUCAAGAGAGCCGCACAGAAGGCCGACCUCGAGAAAUAUCAGACGGAGGAGAUCAAGAUGAAGCAGGACAUGCACGUGGAGCGACUGACGCGGCAGGCAGACGCGACGCAGGAGCGCAUCGCGAUGCUGGAGGCUCAGCUGAGCGCACAGGCCCAGGACACCCAGGCGGCACGGGCCGGCGCGGCAGAGGCUCGCGCGGAGAUCGAUGCGAUCGUGUUGGAGAAGCGCCAGCUGCUGCAGCACUGGAACGCGACGCUGCAGGGGCUGAGACGGCGCGACGAGGCCCACGCCGCCAUGCAGGAGGCGCUCGCCGAGUCCCGGCGGGAGGCGCUGUCGGCCGACACGGAGCUGAGCAACUACAAGCGCCUGAUCCGCAAGGAGGAGGAGCGCCACGGGGCGCUCACCGUGGUGCUGCACCGCGCCGAUGCCGAGGUGGCUGGCGUGCGCCGCCUCACCGCACAGUGCCAGGAGCAGCAGGAGGCCCUGCGUGCCGACUACGCCACGUACGCGCGCACGCUGCAAGAGACGGAGGUGGCCCUGGCACGCGCCGUCAACGAGCGUGGCGCGCGGGAGAGCGAGCUGACGGUGCUGCGCUCUCGCUGGGAGCGCGAGCACGCGGCGCGCUCGGCCCUGGAGGACGCCAUCAUGGAGACACUCCGGGAGCAGCUGACACGUGACAAGGCGGCGCUCUACUCCAAGAAGCUCGUGGACAAGAUGCGCGCGCGCAAGAAGGAGCUGGAGCUGGACGUGGCGCGGGCGGAGAACGAGCUGGCGCGUGCCGCGCUGGCCGUCACGCAGGCCGGCGCCCGCGAGGCCUCGCGCGCCCGCGCGCUGGCGGCGGCCGAGGAGGAGGUGCGGGCCCAGGAGGCCCUGGUGGCGCGGGCGGAGGCGGAGGCGGCGCGGCGCACGGCCCUCAUCGCGCGCAAGCAGGCGCUCGUCGACCUCAACAACAAGAAGGUGGAGCAGCUGGUGGCCAGUGCCGGGGGCGUGGAGCUGGGGCCCCUGGAGCUCCACAUCAAGGAGCUGCGUCGCCAGCUCGCGGAGCGGCGGGCCCAGUCCACCGAGCUGCAGGCGCAGUGGCUGCGUGCGCAGGGCGAGCUGGUGCGGGAGAGCCGUGAGCGCGAGGAGCUGGCGCGCACCGUCGCCGCGCUGCGCCAGCGCCUCACCAUCCUGCUCCAGCGCAAGCUGCGCGUCGAGGGCGAGGUCGUGCAGCAGCAGCGCGGAGUGCGGGACACGGAGCGGUGCACGGCGGCGCUGCACCACUCGCUGGAGCGCCUGUGCUCGCUGCUGGAGCGCGAGCGCAGCACGCGGAGCGGCCUGCAGGCGGGGGGGGCGCUGCUGGAGGGGGAGGUGGUGGGGGUCCUGCGCGAGGCCGAACGCGACGCCGUGCACCUCGCCGAACGCCUGCAGGAGCUGCGCGACGACAAGGGCAGGCUGCUGUCGGCGCUGCUGCAGGCCGAGGAGCAGAUCCUGCUGUGGGAGCAAUCCGUAUUUAUCCCGGAGAAACCCGAUGAGCUGUGA